AAGCUUGCUUAGGUCCUCUUGUAAAGGCAGCGUGCUUCAUUUCAUCUGGGAAACAUACAUGGCUCUCGCAGCGUGCUUCAUUUCAUAUGGGUCUUCUGAGGCAUGUGAAGCAGGGGCUGGCGGUGUCGCUCGAUGGAGAGCUGGUGAUGUCUGGGCGAUGGAGCGGCGGACGCGUCUUGGAUGCGUGUGGAUGCCGCAAGGAGCUGGUCCUGCGCAAUGGUGACGUAGAGAUCUUUGGCCGUAUCGCUGCGCCAGCGACCGAGUCGCUUGAAGAGCCGGUCAGGGAUCCCCAAGUUAGCUGCCGCAGUUGCGGCGCCCUUGCGGAAGGACUGGGAUCCAUGAGCCCUUGCCGUCUUGAUCCGUCUUGGAGUGCGGGAUUAGGAUCCACAUAGACUCCUCGUCGAAGUGGAUGUCGUUCCACUGGAUGGAGACGAGGUCGGAGUAGCGGAGGAAUGCCGCGAACAUGAGGAGUGGGAUCAGUCCUUUCUGAUAUUCUGCCGGGCUGCUCGACUCAAGGAAGGGGUGUGCCAUGGCGUGCACCUGGUGGAGCGACAAGGGUUUCUUCGUCCUGGUGGUGCACGGGCCGUGGCGUUUGGAGAAUUCACGAACUUGUGAAGUGAAAGGCCCGCUAGUGGGAGAGGGUUCUCCGGUCAUCCGAUGUGCAAAUGCGACGGCGGAGCACGUAAGGGAUAUGGCGGAUACUGUGGCCUGAUUGUUGAGGGCAUAGACAAGGUA